ACUUUUCUCUGUGCUGCCAUCAGACGUCUGUUGUUUUCUCAGGACUAUGUACGCCGUCGAGAAUGGCGGACACCAACGCGAUUGAGGAGCUGCAGUCAGAGCUCACCUGUCCCGUGUGUUUGGAGCUGUUCCACGACCCGGUGAUCCUCGAGUGCGGACACCACUUCUGCCAGGUGUGCAUCAUCCAGUGCUGGGAGGCCAAGGCGGACGAGCUGUCGAGCUGCCCAAAGUGUAGGAAGUCGUGCGGCCGUAAACUGCGACCCAACUCGCUCCUGUGCAACGUCGUGGACAGUGUGCGGAGAGCCCGGGUCAUGGACACGGCCGCGGGGAUACCCGGAUGGGACUCGGAGGGCGCGCUGGAGAUGCCGGAGGAGCGGGAGCCCGGGUCCAGCAUGAGCAGCGUGGCCUCGUCCACCGGGCACUGGCCGCGCCUGGGCAUGGAUAUGUGCGAGGAGCAUGAGGAGAAGCUGAAGCUGUACUGUGAGGACGACCAGCUCCCGAUCUGUCUGGUGUGCGGCAUGUCCCGGGACCACAAGACUCACAAUGUCAUCCCCAUUAUCGAGGCCUUUGAAAACUACAGGGAUAAGCUGUCUAUCGCUCUGGAGAGGGUUCAGCUCCAGACAGAGGAGGCCACAAACUUCCAAAGACAGACCAAUGAGAAGAUCCUCCACAUCAAGGAGCGGGCAGGAGACCUGGAGGAGAUGGUCACCGCAGAGUUUAGCCGCCUGAGGGAGUUCAUGCUCGAGGAGGAGGAGCGCAUGAAGGAGAAACUGCAGAAGCACAAAGAGGAGAAACUCAACCAGCUGGAGGAGGCGCUCACUCAGACCACAGAGCAGAUCAGCCAGAUGGAAAACACGGCUGACCAGCUCCGCCUCAAACUGAGAGAAGAAGAAAACCCAGAGCAACUCAAGGGAAUCAAAGACUUCAUUGGUGGGGCUGAGAGCUUCUUCGAGCGCCCCCCAGAAGUGGGUGUGGAUCUGCAGUCGGGAGAGUUCCUUGGCCCUCUACAGUACAGGACCUGGAGGAAAAUGAGCUCAAUAUUUCAGCCAGCUAUCACACCGGUGACCCUCGACCCGUACACAGCCUACCCCUGCCUCUGGGUGUCCCCGUGUUGCACCAGCGUCCAGGUGGGAAAAAUCCAGCCAAACUUGCCCAACAACCCAGAGCGCUUCACCCUGUACAACAUCGUCUUGGGCUCUGAAGCCUUCUCCUCUGGCAGACACUACUGGGAGGUGGAGGUGGGCUAUAAGACAGCGUGGGGUCUGGGCGUGGCCACGGACUCCGUCAACAGGAAGGAGGAGAUCAGCCUCUGUCCAGACGAUGGCUUCUGGACCGUGGUGCUGAGGGACAACGCUGACGGCACCAGCGAGUAUGAAGCAUGCACCGACUCGGAGGAGAGCUUGAUAUAUCCCUCCAAACCCCCCAGGAGGGUGGGGGUCUACCUGGACUACAGUCGUGGCGAGGUUGGGUUUUACGACGCAGGAAACAUGAGCCACCUCUUCACCUUCUAUAACACGAAAUUCAAAGAGCCGGUUUUCCCGUACUUCAAUCCCUGGCCGAUUAUCAACGGACACAACCGGGAGCCGCUCACCAUCGUAACACCACACUGGGGAUAAACGUGCUCUUUAUCAGAGAACACCUUCAGAAUUAAACUGCAGAAGAAGAUUCAGCAGUUGAUGAACAGACUCAUCUCAUGAGCGCUCACACAUGUGCCUCGCCGUAAAGACUUUAUUAACAAUGUGGUGAUGAUGAACUGCUGAAGCACAACACAAAUGACACUUUAAGGAUGUGGCUCUUGAUAUUUUUCAUUAUCAACAAACACAGAAACCAAAACCAACCAAUUAACUGUUCAUACUAACAAGUAUUGUCAGUAUAGCCAAAGCCUGACAUAUCUUAUUCCUCUGUGCCAUUGACCUCCAUUGUAUUACAAAAAAUGCAUUGCAUUCAGGUAGUUCUCUUAAACUUAUAACCUGUUUUUGUGCUUAUGUGCAGCUGUGAGACCUUGUAUGACUUCAUAAAGCAGUCUGUCCAAUUUAUUGAAUUUACCACAUGUGGACUUAAAUCAACUUGUAGAAACACCUCAAAGAUGAACUAGAGAAAUGGGAAACACCAGAGCUGAAUUUCAGGUGUCAUAAACAUGAGUCUAAUGUGAUUUUUAACUUUUUUCUUUUUAAAAUAUUUACAAAAACAUCCAAAAUCCUGUUUUAGAUUCAUCAUUAUUGAGUAUGAUUGAGAUAUGAUUCAUGAUAUUAGAGGGAAAUUAUAUUUUGUAAAAUAUUUUUUAACAUCAUUAUUCAUAUUUUCAUUGAAAAAUAUAUUGUAAUAAUAAUGGUGAUUUCAAAAUAACAUUUCAAUUCAUUUUGCAGCCCUAGUGUUAAAUAUAGAUUGAGAUAAAAAUGAAUUAAAAGACUUGCACAUUUAGUAGAAAUAAAUGAGCUCGGGGCUGAGAGCCAAAAUAUUUAGAGACAGAUGAAUGCAUUGUUGGUUUCAGUCUUGUUGUCCAUCAGAAAAACAAAGAAUAGCCUUAUCCUGUAAGAUGUGGUUUUGCUUUUGAAUUCAUUAGAACCUGAGACCUAAAGUUUCCCCUAGCAGUGCUAUGAAUUAUCAUGUGACUGCUAGCUAGUAAACGUGGAUUAAAAAGAAAAAGCACCUUUGCAAACGUUUUAUAAUGAAGAAAAUGCAUCACAAUUGUUAGAGCUAAAUGAUACCCAGAGCAUUUUGUCGAAUAACACUGAAUGUAAACAGACCUUUUGUUUGUUUUAAAAAAAACUGAGAAACUUUAACUGGUAUCUGGAAAAAUAAAUAUAUAAUUAAAUAUAGUUUUUUGUUGCAGUAUUUUCUUGCAAUAUACAUUUAUAUUUGAUCUAUAUCUAUAAUACACUGUCAUUUAUUUUAUAUACCAUUUUAAGGCUGUUGUGUAUCUAUUCCUGUUAUUCUAAUGACAUGUAUAUCUAAAUAAAUUACAUGUUCAGUAGAUUUAAAACAAGUAAUAAAGACUUGUAUACACCUA